AUGUAGUAAGUAGUAUUUUGUUGUAGCGUAUCAGAUGAUACUGGACGUACUAGGUUAUACCGGUUAAAUGUACAUAAAAAUAUUUGGAUAUCAAGAAGAAAUACGUUAAUAAAAAUGCCAUUGGCCGCGGGACGUCAAAUUUUUUCACGACUUUGUUUAAAGAACCAUAAUCAAAUUUUAUCAAGAAUUGUCAGAGGAAGAUUCAGUAGCACAGCUACGACGCAAAUUGUAUCGGAUGCGGAGAACACUUCGAAGAUACUCAUACCGGCUCCAGAGCCAGGCAAAAUUCAUGCUGCCGUUCUCAGAAAGUUUGCUAGUCCACUGAGCAUUGAAAAUAUCGAACAGCCAAAAGUUGUGCAACCUAAUGAGGUUCUUAUAGAUGUACAUUACUGUGCUCUCAAUGGCUCCGAUGUACUGCUUGCUGAAAAUAUCUAUAUGUUUGAACCUAGUCUUCCAACAGUGCUAGGAUAUGAGCUGGUGGGUGAGCUUAUUCAAGUUGGUCAAGAGGCUGAAAAAGCAGGGUACAAACCAGGAGAUAAAAUUAUUGCCCUAAAUAAGGAACGUCAUGGAGGAUUUGCAGAGCAAUGUGUUGCAGAAAUUGGGGAUAUUUGGAAAGUUCCACAAUCGGCCAAAUUGCGUGAUGUUGUUUGCAUAUUGGAAAAUUAUACAACGGCACUAAUUGGUUUGGAGAAGCAUGCAGGAAUUGAAGAGAACGAUUUAAUUCUGAUUAAUGUUGGUUUGGCUGGUGCAGGUUUAGCUGCUGUUGAUCUUGCCACAAAUGUUUUCAGAGGCACGGUAAUCGCUGUCUGCGCCACAGAGGAAAGAGCGGCUCUUGUGCGAGAUAAAGGAGCAUUCGCAGCAUUUAAAUUUAGUGACAAAAAAUUAAUAAAGCAAAUUGAAGCUGCAGCUGCUGAUCGCAGCAUUAAAGCUAUAUUCGAUGGUGUUGCUGGAGAAAAUUUUAAGAAACUUCUAAAGUGUUUCACUGAUGUUUAUAACUCAAAAACAGCUGUGAAGGAUAUAUUACGUGACAAUAAUUUUGCCGUGGUGGUUCAAUACUUAUCUCGAGAAGGGCGCAUGAUUGUGGCUGGUGUCGCGGCAAACGUUGUCAAUCCCCAAACUGAGGCGCAAGAAGGUUCCUUCAGUCUGACAGGGCUCAGUUUGAGAGAAUACAGAAGAAAGAAUCAUAAAUUAUAUCGGCAAUCAGGUGAUGAUGUUUUGGACUUUUUCGAAGAAGGUCUUAUCAGGCCAAUUAUAUCCAUGGUAACCGGCUUAUACAACAUUAAUGAAGCGAAAAAAUUUGUCCUGGAAAUGAAAUCUUCCGGCAAAGUUCUCAUAGACUUGAAGAACAAGGAAGCGAAAAUGGAAAUAAUCAAGGCCUAAAAUAUGUGGAGUUUACAUGCGAUUGAUUUUUAAGCAAAAAACAUACUUGCGCCCAACUAUUACCUAUCUAGCCGCGUGCAGGUAAGAGUAUUAAAGAGAAACGAGAAAUAAUUGCGCGUAUACACGCUUGUAAAUCAUAUUGUACAUAAUGAUAAUCAUAGAUAAAUGUCACCUGUACAGCGCCUUUUUCUAUCAUAUUGGAACUAUUAAGAUAAUUUGUGAAGGUAAACGAUGCCAUAACCAUUGAUAACUGGUAGAAUAGUGUAUGCCCUGCAUUUCGUUUGAAGUGCUUCAGGAGAACUUGGGCAAAUGUUUCACUGUGCACAAUCAGUUUGCCUUUUCGAUAAUUUUUAUUCGGCUAUAUUAAAAAACAUGCUAAAGGAAGAACAUCUUAAUUCUAACUUCUUCUUCUUGUUCCUUGUGGCUUUAUGCCCUCAUAGAGGGCCAAGUGCCAGAAUCCUAACUUAAUUGUAUUGCUAAGCACGAAUAUUGCUUCCAGAAGGAUUCCUUAAUAUGAAAAUACAUGCUUAUCGGGAGGGAAAAUAAGUUAUAAAUUGUGCCGAAUAUCAAAGAACGUCGAGACGAGUGAUGUAUAUUAGUUAAGUUUAAAAAGUUAAUAAAGAAGCUAAGUAAAAUUGUAA